ACAGGCACGCACAUCCUGCCCUGCAUGCAGCCUUCAUAAAGCAGCCCAGCAGGAUAACCGAGGUCAAAGAAGGCUGGCAAGAGUUGAAAAGAAAAAUGUCGACCUCAGGAUAUUGCGCUAAAAUCCGCUGGACCGUACCAUCCUCACACGGCGCUGCUCCAAACACUGAACCUGCGCUGAUCCUGGUACAGCAGCGCGGGGGAUUGGGUGCAGUAUGUGAUACAUGUGCGUCCGUCACUGCCUGAGAGCGGAGAGACAAUAGAAAAAAAAUAUUCCGAAUAUUCAGAAACAAAGGGAGUGGACGGCAGGGAAGCGGAGGAGAGGAGAGGAGAGGAGAGGAGAGGAGGACGCCUCCGUCGCAUCUCUGGAUGGCUGCAGCGUUCUUCUGAUUGACCGGCCUGCUGAAGGAACGACAAGCCAAACCCACCCGGUGUGAGCCUGCAUAUAUAUAAAGCCUUUCAGCUGGGUGUCUGUCACCAGAUCAUCAUCAUCACCCAUCAUCAGCCUCGUUCCGACCUGACCCUGGAUUAAUCAUCGUAUUGUGCUAUCAGCACAGCACACAGCGGGAGCAGCCAUGUCUCACGGAUGGGGAUACGGACCAAUUAACGGACCUGACAAAUGGGCAGAAGAUUUUCCUUUAGCUAAUGGGCCCAGACAGUCUCCCAUCAACAUUGUCCCCAAGGAGGCCAAAUAUGACUCCACUCUGAAGCCACUGAAAAUCAAGUAUGACCCCUCCAACGCCAACGGCAUUCUCAACAAUGGACACUCCUUCCAGGUGGACUAUGUGGACGACACAGACAGCUCCACCCUGACCGGAGGUCCUAUUUCUGGAACGUACCGUUUGAAGCAGUUUCAUUUCCACUGGGGAGCCGGUGAUGACAGAGGCUCCGAACACACCGUCAACGGCAUCAAGUUCCCAAGUGAGCUUCACCUGGUGCACUGGAACACUAAGUACCCCAGUUUUGGAGGGGCAGCCAGCCAGCCCGAUGGACUUGCAGUGGUCGGGGUCUUUCUCAAGAUUGGUGCUGCCAACCCCAGGCUUCAGAAAGUUCUGGAUGCCUUGGAUGCUGUUAAGACCAAGGGAAAGCAGACCACCUUUUCUAACUUUGACUCAAAGACUCUUCUUCCUGGUUCUCUGGAUUAUUGGACCUAUGAUGGCUCUCUGACCACGCCUCCUCUGUUGGAAAGUGUCACCUGGAUCGUCCUCAAGGAGCCAAUCAGUGUCAGCCCUGCACAAAUGGCCAAGUUCCGCAACCUCCUCUUCACUGGAGAUGGAGAAGCUCCAUGUUGUAUGGUGGACAACUACCGGCCCUGUCAGGCUCUGAAAGGCCGCCAGGUCCGCGCCUCCUUCAAAUAAGCCCCUGCUUCAUCUACGUGGCUUCCUUGCCCCCUUUGCCUAUUCUUAUCCGUAUUACUCCCAUUUUCCUCCACAUGCAGUCUUUCCUUAGCUUACAUUACUCAACUUCUCUUAGCCCUAUUGAUAUUAACAUGAAAAGUAGAAUACAAGCCUUUCUGCUUACAUUUUCUAUGACAUAGACUAACUGGAUGUAUCUUGAAUUAAAUAACUUUGAGGCAUUUUUAAGCUUUGACACUGUUAAGAAAUAGGUCACAUUUAUACCCAGAUAAAAUCCAGAUGAUAUGUAGGGCACUUUCAUUUAAACUUAUCCACAGAUACAAAUCUGAUUACAUCCGUCUUCACUUUCUCUCCAACAUGCAACUCAGUUUUGUCCGUCCUCCUGUUCAGAGGGAGGUGGAAAAGACCAGAAGAAGAAUAACUUCUGCACUUCAGCUGUUUAAUUCCAGCAAUUGCAGUUUAGCUAACGUUAGCUAACAACUAUCCAUCAGAUAACGCAAACACGUGAAUGAACCGUACUUAUGAAUUACAAGCGAGACAAAAGUUUUAUCAUCUUCACGGCUCUAACGUUGUGCGUUUCCACCAGCUUGACACAAGGCUGAUGUGAGGUGUGGUUCAGAAACAUACAAACUCAAUGUAUCCUGUGGUUUGCAAAAACAUACAAUGAUAACUUAUUUUUUGCCGGCUGGGUUGAACACAGGUACCAAGGGACCAGUGAUCUAACAGACUAAAGCGCAGGUAUUCUGGCACCUGAUCUCUGUUAUGCAACACAUUUUCUCUGCCCACCGUAUAACUCAUAAGCUAAGCUAUUUUCUUACUUCUAGUGUCUAUUAUAGUGUCAAGCUAAAGUUUUUAUUGAUGCCUCAUUUUGUCAGUUUGGGACAAAGUGAUCUUGAUGCGUAACAUUUCACAGUGUUGACUCUACAGUUGUGUACUGUGGCCACCAACCGUCAUCUGGCAGGCACUUGUACACAGGAAGGUUUAGGACUGAUGAUCAUCUCAUGAUGGUAAUGCUUUGGAAUGUACCAGUAUGUUGUGAGAGACAAAGUAUUGGCUGACAGUACAGCCUGAGGCCAUGUCCACACUAAUGCAUGUUUUUUUGUCUCUGUUGGGCUUCCAUCCCAUUUGGAAAAAUUUAGCUUUUUUUGUUCAUGCAAAAAUGAGCCAGAACUUCACUGAGACAUCUGCAUUACUGUGAUCAUGGCUCACCUCAUUCUGCUGACUCUACAAAAAAAGUGUCAGUCCAUUUUUUAUAUAAAAGAAAAACUAUGACAACUGAACUACCUAUCACCACAGUGCAUUAAACAUUGCCUUUAAGACUCAUGUAACUUCUGAACUGAAAGGAUCAAUCUAUGACUAUGUAUUAACCCACUCUACAGUAACAACAGAGGUCAGACUUUCUCAUUACAUUUCUAUAGUUUGUCAGCAAUGUGAAUCAUCACUCCAUCUAAAUGAAGUGGCAGAUAUUCAUAAGAGACCAGCGAAAUGUUACUUUAUUUGAGCUUUUAUAUCAGUUAUGAGACAAUCAGCUUUUAAAGUGGGCUUAUGGUGAGAUAGCUGUCACCCUUUAAAGUGUGUCACACACUGCUGCCACAUUACAGGUGGAAGAAAUGUUUUUGUGAAUCUGUCAUGUCAUAAUGGAAAACAAUUUGAUCAAUAAAUAUUCAUAACUUG